UCUCAGUCCAUCGAUUCCCUACGCGCUACGUGCUUCCUAUAUCGCCGCUUCAUCCAUUGCAGACCAAUACUACCGCCCUUCCCCAAACCAAAAGCAGCACGGAAAUCUUACAUCAAUAUUGUCGGUCAAAAUGAAGGUCUUCUCCUCGACUUGUACUUUCGAUUACUCUUGGGAGGAGGUAUCAACGGCGAACUGGCGCAAGUACUGCCCGUGGAAUGACAAGUCCACACAUGUUGUGGCGGUAGAUACAUUGUCCCGGACUGUCGACUCAGAAACUGGUAUCUUACGUACAGAGCGUCUUAUCACAUGUGAUCAAUCGGUGCCGCAAUGGGUUCUUUCUCUUUUUGGAGGAAGCGCUACCUCGCAUGUCUACGAGAUUUCCUACGUCGAUCCGAAAUCAAAGAAAGUCACAAUGUGCUCGUCCAACCUUACAUGGUCCAAUGUUCUGAAUGUUCAAGAGACUGUCAUCUAUCAACCAUCCUCAGCGAAGCCAACUUGUACCACGAAUUUCAACCAGGAAGCGAAGAUCACUGCACUCUGUGGCGGGUGGCAAAAGAUCAAGAACAAGGUAGAAGAGGCAAGUGUGGAGAGAUUCAGUCAAAACGCAAAAAGGGGCCGAGAAGGGUUUGAGGCUGUUCUUGAGAUGAGUCGACGGGUAUUUGGUGAACAACGUGAGCGUGAGAACGAUAAACUUCAGUCAUGACUUAUCCAGUGUUCUAUAUCCCUGCAAGACUGGAGUUCAGCACCAUAAAAUCGGGCAUUUGCAUAUACCGGCGUUAGUUAUGAUUGUUUCCGAGCGUACGGUGC